AACAUUUUAGUUUGGCUCGUGUCGCCAUCGUGUAUUGUCGCGUUGACCGUUGGGGAAAUAUAUAUUUAAUUUUUAAUUUGAUUAUAAUUUUUUUUAAAUAAAAACAUCCCUUUUGUAAGGAAGUAAUAAGUUGAUAUAUAAAAUAAAUCAACUGAUAUUUAUAUCGUGUCGCAGUUUUGUGUAAGAAAUCAAUCUUUUUGUGAUUUAAAUAAAGUCAACGAUUUUAAAAGUGAAUGUGAUAAAAACAAAUUGAAAUAAAACAACACUUUUUUCAUCAAACAUCAGACAUCGAACAUCAAACAACUAUAAGGAUGGUGCAAGGACUUAAAAACAAAAUGUUUAAUCCAGAAGUUCUUUUGCUCGUGACAUGUGUAACCCUUUCAACAGCCAUUCGGGUUGAUUUUGGCACAAAAGGUGGUCCCAUAGUUCCUGCUGCUCCAACUACACGGCAACCAGCCCCACAGCCAUAUCGAAACCCAGCACCAGUAUGGGAGGAUCAAUCAAACGAUAUUCCAAAUCCCAACAAAUAUCAAUAUGUCCUCCCACCUCCAUCACGGCCAAAACCUGAAACGAACAACUACAAGACAUCAUCAUCACAACCCAUUGCAGGCCAUCAGAAGCCGCGAGAAUUCGUCUUCGGAAAGGUCAUCUCUCCAGACUACAUCAACUCGUUCUUCCCCCAUUCCCAGACAGUGUCCGCCUUCUCGCCACAAUUCAUACCAAACUAUGGCUUCAAGUACCACGCCAUUGUGCCGUCAACACAAAAAACCUACUACACCAAGAACACUGAUCUCUAUUACAAUGACAAGUUUAACAAAUUCAAUGGCAAGUACAAUGUUAAGACUAAGAAAUACAAGGCUUUCGAAAAGGCUGCCAAAUACAAUCCAAGUGUUUACUAUUCGAAUAUCAUUGAUCAGUCAGCUUUGUCAUUCCAAAAUCAACAACAACUCCCACUACUCCAAGCACCUCAACCAUUUCGUUUACCCACCAUCGAAGUCAUGAACCCUCAAACGGUUACACCCGCCAUUGCCACAGGCACUGGCGGCGGCUCCGCCACUACCACAAUCAAAAUUACAACACCGAAAGUCAUCAACUACUCCAAAGACGAUUUAUACUCAAUUUCGAAAAAUUACAAACUGCAUCAUCACCAGACACAAUCAAAUUCAUUUUCAUACGAAUCGAAUAAAAUUAGGAGAUGAACGAACGCAGAAUUUAAUAAAACUCUUUCUCGCUUUCGAUUUCGGAUUGAUUUUUAGACUUAAUCAGAAUUUAUGAGCGCACGUCUGCAGUCUGUGACCUUCAUUAAAUUAAUUUUGUUUAUUUUUUUUAAUGUUUAUUUUGUAUUCCUGAUCGAAUUAUUGUAUCCUUUCCUUUAUUGCCUCGACGAAGUUUUUAGUUUAUCUUUUUAUUUCAUUUGCCAUAUUUUCGUUGGCAUUUUUUUGUUUGAUUUAAAAAUUUUAUUUAUUUUAAGAAAUUCAGUGAAAAAACCAACUAUUACGAAAAUUACAAAUUUUGAACAGCGAAAUGUAAUCGAAUUUUAUUUUAACAAAAUUGUCUCUUUUUUAUAUUAUGUAAAUAAUUUAAGUGUAUGUAUGAUAAAAUAAUGUAAAUAAAAUAAAUUAAAUAAAUUU